UUGAAGGGCCCGGGCCUGGCGGAAGCGGGGCAGACCGGGAGGGGACCUGGAUCAUGGCUGCCGCGCCGCCGCUACGGGACCGCCUGAGCUUUCUACACCGGGUGAGUGAGGGCGGUCCGCCCGGGCCCCGGUCCCACGGCUCCUCUCGAGCGCCGCAGUCCCCGGACUCGCCCCGGGCCGGAGCCGUUGACCUUGCGUCUCCGUGCCGGGUAGCUGCUCCUGGCCCCUUCGCCCGCGCCGACGCCCCUGAGCUGCCCGCCCGCCCCGCCGUCCCGGGGCCUUCCAAGCCGGACCCGCCGAGCGCAAGGGCGAUGGGCACAGCCAGACCCUGGGGGAACGAACAGGCCUUGGCCAGCAUUCAGUGGCCUCCGACGGGAGGGAAGGAGCGGCGGACCCGGUGGACGUGGAGCCGCUGUGUCCGUGCUGCUGGCGCCCAGGUGGGCUGGCAGCCCGCCGUCCUCCCUGACGGUGUCAUUUCAGAGGACUCCGGUCCUGGAGAGGCACCUCUGGGUUGCAGAGAACACAGACAUCUCGAAGGGACAGAGAAGGACGCACCAUUGUAAGCCCCUCUUAGUAAACCCUCUGAGAAGUAGAGGCCAGGGCGAGUUCCCAGGUGUCGUCCUGAGCAAACGGCCCUCUUUUGUCAGCCCGGAGCUUUUCUAGGCUGGACUUCAGAGGGGGCUGGGUGGUCCCAGGGCGUGACCCUGGGCUGCCAGAAGCCACGCUAGGGUUGGUCAAGGCUCUCAGUGCAAGGUUUGGACAGAGUCGUUCUGUGCUGCGUUCUGCAGUUGUCAGCUGUCACCUGCAAACCUCACUAGCUCCCCUUAGGGCUUGGUGGGCAAAUAGUGUCAGUGAUGUGUGUCCACAGCCUCGGGAAACACUUCAGGUCCACGUUUUCGUAUGUUGUCACUAGAUUUCGGCCCUUCCAACUGAAAGGCUUCGGCACCUCGCGCGGUCGGUCCCAUGCUUGUCCUCUUAAAUACUCUUGAACUCUAUUCUGUCCUGAUACUGAAUAAUGCAAGAAUGGGUGGUUCCAGUUUUCAUCCCUAUAAACCGUACAUCUUUGUGCCAGUAAGUAAGCAUGAAACAAAUAAGUAUGUCUGCGCUAAGCGAACGUAAAACACACGACAUCAGUCGGUUCUCGGGGAGUGAUGGAGCCAGUCAGGCUGAGCGGCUGUCACUCUGCCAGUCCGGGCUCUGGGGAGGUGGAACCAUUCAUAGUCCCCUGCGUGGAAAGGGGCUUGCCUGGGCCUUGUUUGGCUUUGCUAGUCAGUAGGUAGGUACAGGAGAGGUACCUUCAAAUAGCCUUAUGUGCUGGUAAGUGCAGGGAUGCUGGGUCCUGUGUCCCUUCUUAACCCAAGUGGCGCAGCUCCUCCUUGGAGAACCACCAUUGAUUUGCCUCUUCUCCGAGGCUAUUCAUCCCUGACUGUUGAGAGAGGACCCUGCUGCAGCCUCCAUGUGGCCAGUAGCACAGUUUUCAUCCCUUCCCAGUCCUCUCUCCGGCCAUGUCAACAGUGAGAGGUGGGUCGUUUCCAUCCCCUUCGGGGGGCUGCGGAUUCAUCCCUAUGGGAAACGGCAUCUCAUCACGGCGGGGGCGCUUGUUCCCUUUCAGCUCCCGAUUCUCCUGAAGGGGACAUCGGAUGAUGAUGUUCCGUGUCCGGGCUACCUGUUUGAAGAGAUUGCUAAAAUCUCCCACGAGUCUCCGGGCAGCAGCCAGUGCCUGCUGGAGUACCUCCUGAGUCGCCUGCAUAGCAGCUCUGGCCACGGGAAGCUCAAGGUGCUGAAGAUCCUGCUCUAUCUGUGCAGCCACGGCUCCUCCUCGUUCCUGCUCCUCCUCAAACGCAACUCUGCCUUCAUCCAGGAAGCUGCAGCUUUUGCGGGGCCCCCAGAUCCUCUGCAUGGGAACAGUUUGUACCAGAAGGUUCGGGCGGCCGCGCAGGACUUGGGGAGCACCCUGUUCUCGGACACCGUGUUGCCACUGGCUCCCUCCCAGCCUCUGGGGACCCCGCCUGCCACAGGCAUGGGCUCCCAGGCCAGGCCGCACAGCACCCUCCAGGGUUUCGGCUACAGCAAGGAACACGGCCGCACGGGCUCGGCAGGCGAAGCCUUCCUCUCCACCAUCCAGAAGGCCGCAGAGGUGGUGGCCAGCGCCAUGCGCCCCGGGCCCGAGAGUCCCAGUACCCAGAGGCUCCUGCCGCGGGGUGACACCUACCAGCCUGCCAUGAUGCCUUCAGCCAACCACGGUCCCCCAACCCUGGGGAACCUACUCCCCGGGGCCAUUCCAGGUCCCCGAGCUGUGAGGCAUCAGCCUGGGCAGGCCGGAGGGGGCUGGGAUGAGCUGGACAGCGGCCCCAGCUCUCAGAAUUCCUCCCAGAGCAGCGACCUGAGCAGGGUCUCGGACUCAGGCAGUCAUUCCGGCAGCGACAGCCAUUCAGGGGCCACCCGGGAGCCAGGUGACCUGGCAGAAAGGGUCGAGCUGGUGGCCCUGAGUGACUGUCAGCAGGAGUUGAGCUUGGUGAGGACUGUGACUCGGGGACCACGCGCCUUCCUGAGCCGCGAGGAGGCACAGCACUUCAUCAAAGCGUGUGGACUGCUCAACUGUGAGGCCGUGCUGCAGCUGCUGACCUGCCACCUGCGUGGGACCAGUGAAUGCACGCAGCUGAGGGCGCUGUGUGCCAUCGCCUCCCUGGGGAGCACCGACCUCCUUCCCCAAGAGCACAUCCUCCUCCGCACCCGACCGUGGCUGCAGGAGCUCAGCAUGGGCAGCCCGGGACCUGUGACCAACAAAGCCACCAAGAUCCUGAGGCACUUCGAGGCCUCCUGUGGGCAGCUGUCCCCUGCCUGGGGCACCUCAGCCGAGCCUGGCCCCACAGCUGCCCUCCCAGGCCCAUCUGACCUGCUGACCGACGCUGUGCCUCUUGCUGGGAGCCAGGUCUUCCUCCAGCCUCUGAGUUCAACCACAGUCUCGCCCCGGAGCCCUGCUCCCUCAUCUGGGAUGCCGUCCAGCCCUGUGCCCACCCCACCCCCAGAUGCCUCCCCUAUUCCAGCCCCUGGAGAACCCAGCGAGGCCGAGGCCAGACUGGCAGAAAGCAGGGGGUGGAGACCUGAACGGGUCCCAGGGGGCACGGACAGCCCAAAGAGAGGCCCCAGCAGCUGUGCGUGGAGCCGCGACUCCUUGUUUGCUGGCAUGGAGCUGGUGGCCUGUCCCCGCCUGGUGGGGGCUGGGGCUCCUGCAGGAGAGUCCUGUCCCGAUGCUCCCCAUGCCCCCCGAACAUCGUCCCAGAGGACAGCAGCCAAAGAGCCUCCUGGCUCAGAGCCGUCAGCUUUUGCGUUCCUGAACGCCUGACCCGAUGGCCUGGCCCUGGAGUCUUCAGCUUCAGCUGCUGCCUGGGGCAGUCUGUGCUUCCUGUGCAGCCUCAACCGUAGCUGCUGCAGUCUCCAGGCAACUUGACUUGAGAGGAGGACCCUAGGGCUACCUGAGUUUCCCCCAUCUCCUCUGCCAGAGGCUCUGGCUAUUUGGACUUGAAUCCCUACAAGGGAUAGGCAGGUGGCAGGGCUUCAGAAAUGUUGAUCUCAGGGCUCCCAGGGGGCAGCCCCUGCCUGUCUUGCCCUCAGACAUGAGGUUUCUUGUGUGAAUGCAGAAGUGACUACCAGGUUCUUUAUUUCAUUUUGAUCUCAGCUCCCUCUUUCCCCAGGAGGUCAUGAGCAGCAACAAGCCACUGCCUCACCGUCCCAUCGGGGUGGGCUACGUGCUGAGGCUGGGUUUGGUGCACAUGGGUUGAGGGUGUCUUGUCCGGGCUGCCUUGUGCUGUCUGGCCUGAGGCCGUUUCAAGUUUCAGAUCCCCACGUGAUCCUUCCCUGGCUCUCGCCUGCUCCUCUAUGCUGUAAUUGCUUCCUACACACGAAGCCUCUGAUUGGAGCCUCUGGUCCAUCUCAGAAAAACCUUCCGAGAGCGCUGGGGUUUAUGCUUUCUGAAUAAACACUACUGUUUACAUGAA